AUGGCGGCUGUUGACUGUUAUCAAAAUCAAGUUGAGAACUCAAAUUCUUCGGGAAAUCACACUGAUAACGAUUAUAACACACAGGACAAUCAAAAUCAGCAACAGAGAUCCGGAACGAUGCAACGAAGCGGUAGUAAUAAUGGUGGACAGUCAAUGGAUCCUAAAAAUCAGCAACAAGCCACUGCUGGUAUACCUGGUAUGGACGAUGAGCGUAAAUUAUUCAUUGGUGGUCUGUCUCGGCACACUACUGAUAAAGAAUUACGUGAGCAUUUUGGUAAAUUUGGAGAAAUAGAAAGUAUAACUGUUAAAAUGGAUCAACAUACCGGCAUUUCACGUGGUUUUGCUUUUAUGCACGGAAAAGUAUUUGUUGGAGGACUGACACCAGAUAUGACCGAUGACGACAUAAAAGCGUACUUCAGUCAAUUUGGGACGGUAGUUGAGCUACAGGCCCCCUUUGACAAGACAAAGAACCAGCGCAAGGGCUUCUGUUUCAUCACCUUCGACUCCAAGGACGUCGUCUACAAGCUGCUGAAAGCGCCCAAGCAGACGAUAAACGGUAAGGAGGUUGACGUUAAAAAAGUUAAAGUGAACCCGGAGGUUAACCGCCAAGGAUUCUGGAACUUCGGUUACGGGUACGGCUACGGAGGUGGCUACAAUUACAUGCCCGAGUACACCAACGGGUACCACGGAGGUUACGAUGAAAAUUACAGCAAUUACGACUCUUACCCGGGGUACGAAAGCUUCGACAACCACGCGAGUUAUACCGCAGCUGUCAACAAGCCACGAGGCAACGCCCAGGGUCCUAGACAGUUCCAGAGACAUCAGCCUUACUAA